AUGGAUCUUGCAUUCUGGAAGAAGCAACCUAUAUUGAUAACAGUUAACAUCAACAGCCGCAUUGGAUACGCUAAAUUAUUGAAAAACAAACAAGCAGCUACGGUUAAAAACGCUAUUGAUCAAUUCAUUACAGAGCAUAAAGUGUCGGCUUUGAUGUCGGAUAAUGGAUAUGAAUUCACAAAUAAUGUAAUUGAAAGGUUCUUUGAUAAAAAUUCAAUUACCCAUGCUAAUUCUAUUCCAGGAGAUCAUACAGUGCUUGGAAAAAUAGAUCGUUUUAUCAGAACAAUAAAGGCAAGACUAACAAAGAUGCAGGAUACUAUGGGAUUUAAGAAGCUUACACAAAAACGUCUGAAUGAGGCUAUCUCUAACUACAACGAUACCACUCAUUCAUCCAUAAAAGCUACACCAAAUGAAAUGGAAGGGAGGGUUAUUUUUGACGAAAUUGAACACAAUAAACGAGUGGUUAAGCAACUACAAAAAGGCAUUCCAACUGGUUCUAUUGUACGUUAUCGUUUGAAUCCGAAGCCAUUUGAAAAAGAAGAUGGAUUAAAGAUGCGUAUUAAAUCAAAGAAUAAUCAUGUCCUAUACAAACCAGUUAAUGACUUGAAAAUUGUAAAAGCAGAGAAAACUGAUGCACCAAUAGAGAACAAUGCUGUGUUUGAAGUGGACAAGAUCCUGGAUCACAAGAAGCAAUGCACGGCAAGCACAAAUAUCUAG